GCGUGUUCCAUUCAUUUGAAUUUCGUUCGUUUUAACGCAGGGAGCGGCAUAACGCCUAUAGCGGCUAAGAAAGUUUUGGUUGUGCGGUGUGGUGUAACGAUCAGUGAAAUGGCAUCUUAUGAAUUUAUUACGUUAUUAUUGUGUUUAACAACUAAAGCAUGGGGUCAACGGACACCGACAAUCUCUCACAUAACUCAAGAGCAAAUCAGAGACAUCGGCAGCCAAGUUGAAUUAGAAUGCUCGGUUCACUAUGGACAAGAAUAUCCAGUGUUAUGGUUACGAUACGACCGAACCAAGACCACCGAAGCUCUGCCUCUGUCAUACAACUCUGGCCUGAUCAUCCGAGACUCUAGAUUCUCUCUAAGAUAUGAUGCAGCCUCCGCAACUUACACUUUGUCGGUCAAAGAUAUCCAAGAGACCGACGCCGGCUGGUACCAGUGCCAGGUCAUCAUUUCAGCCUCGAACAAGAUCACAGCUGAAGUGGAACUUCAGGUCCGAACACCGCCCAUCAUCUCUGACAACUCGACAAGGAAUCUCGUCGCUAGCGAAGGGGAAAGUGCUGUGAUGUUAUGCUACGCCGGUGGUUUCCCGCCAGCGAAGAUCUCUUGGCGUCGCGAGAACAACGCCAUUUUACCAACUGGAGGCUCUAUUUACAGGGGCAACACGUUCAAAAUCGCCGCCGUGCACAAAGAAGACCGCGGCACCUACUACUGCGUGGCCGAAAAUGGCGUCGGCAAGGGAGCUCGCCGUAAUAUCAACUUGGAGGUCGAGUUCGCGCCGGUCAUCACCGUACCCAGGCCUAGACUUGGACAGGCGCUGCAAUACGACAUGGACUUGGAGUGCCACGUGGAGGCCUACCCGCCCCCCGCCAUCGUCUGGCUGAAGGGCGAGUUCGAGCUCGCCAACAACCAGCAUUACAGCAUCUCCCACUUCGCCACCGCGGACGAGUUCACCGACACGACGCUCCGCGUCAUCACCAUCGAGAAGCGCCAGUACGGCAUGUUCACCUGCAAGGCCACCAACAAGCUGGGCUCGGACGAGGGCCACGUCGAAUUAUUCGAAACCAUAAUCCCGGUGUGCCCGCCCGCCUGCGGCCAGACGCGGUACGCUGGUGGCGCCGCCUCGGCCGCUCCCUCGGCCCUGCUCAUGUGUGGACUAUAUGCUACGCACGUUUUAAGGAGAAUCGCCAAUCCCCGAUAUUAACUACCCGGGCUUGCGUCCGGAUCCGCUCUACUACGGCAGGUACAGCAGAGCGGCGCACAUACACACAAACAUACACAUAUCGUUAGUACUGUUCUAUUUGUUCAAAUAAACGGCAGCUAAUACAAAAACCUCCACUUCGUCACAUUUUUUGGGGACAAAAAACAAAGACAACGAAAUUUUGACCCAAAUAAAAGAACUUUAAAACCCACAGACACAAUAAACAAAGUUUGUCUCUUCCGUGGCCAAAAGUUACGUCCAUUAAAGCCUACUCUCUGUAGGGCUAUGAUGGUUGGCUUUUUAUCAUUUGUCACCAUGCCUGUCACGUUCUAACAAGUUUGCAAGCGUGUAAGUGACGGGCUUAGUGACAAGUGAUAAAAAUGGAACCAUGCUGCCACCGCUGCAGGGCUAAGAUGGACGGCUGUCUAUCAUUUGUCACCAUACCUGUCAUGGUCUAACAAAUAUGUAAGUGCGAAAGAGACGCAUGAUAUGACAAGUGACAAAAACACGGCCAUGAUACCGCUGCUGGUUGUGACUUAAAUCUUCAAAAGCGGAUAUGAUGUAGUUUUCGAGAGAAUCACAAUUAUAGGCUUUUGGGCCAUUCACACAACUUCGGCUACAGAAAAUACAUUUAUGGGCGUUUUUUUAAAAUAAAUAUUGAAUUCUGAUUCUUACAAAUCUGGACUUUCUUGAGCUCAUCGUUAGCAUUCUCCAUCCUACCAUUUGAAAAAAAAAAUGUCCCAAAACGUCCGUUCCAUUACGGACAUUACUACACGAUUUAGUUUCUCUUCUUCCUCGCGUUGUCCAUAUUGCCACGGCUCAUGGGAGCCUGGGGUCCGCUUGACAACUAAUCCCAAGAUUUGGCGUAGGCACUAGUUUUUACGAAAGCGACUGCCAUCUGACCUUCCAACCCAGGGGGUAGAACUAGUCUUUGUGGGGAUUAGUUCGGUUUCCUCACGAUGUUUUCCUUCACCGAAAAGCGGCUGGUAAAUAUCAAAUGAUAUUUCGUACAUAAGUUCCGGAAAACUCAUUGGUACGAGCCGGGGUUUGAACCCGCGACCUCCGGAUUGCAAGUCGCACGCUCUUACCGAUAGGCCACCAGCGCUUAUGAAAAAAAAAAAAUACUUGUAUGAGCGUGACGUAGUAGAAACUACAAUUUACAUACAAAUUUGUGGGACAUUUUUUUUAGCAUCAAAAUUGAAUAUGCUAGUAAUUUUUAGUUGAAAGAACCCAAAAAAACACCAGGGUCUGUAAGAAUCAGGUCUUCAAUAUUGUUUCACAAACAGCUCUUAUAACAAUUAAAUCUUACAUAUGUAUGACCCAAAUCUUAGUUCCAUAAGUGUAGGCAUGUAGAAUAUUAAUUAUUUUAUAUAGAAACUCAAAUGCAAUAAGACGGAUCGCAUUAUAAUUAAGACAAACGAAACAUCACAAUUGGUAGCUAACUUAAACACAUAAUCGUAAAAAAUACACUAAUAUAUAACAAAUAAAAUUAAGAAGACCAAAAGUGCUCCCUCCAUACAACGGUUUUGUUACUAAGUAAAGAUACUAUUAGUACCUGGGCGACCGAGCUUUGCUCGGUUAUAACUAUUUAUUGUAAUAUGGUGGUGUAUAGGUGAUAAUCUACAUAAAAUUACAUAUAAACUUGAAUAUAUAUAAAAUAAAAAAAAAGUUAGUCACCGGGCGAGAUUUGAACCCGGAACACACGUUUCUAGCCGUCCGCGUCUUAACCCGCUGGACCAGACGGACAGUGGCCGGCAACACGAAAUUAGCGACCAUAUUCUGCGUCGAAAGAAAAACGCAUGAAAACUCGAAAACACGCGUUUUCCCAAACAUAAGACUAAUCUAGAUAGAUUGUAUACCCCCAAAAACCCCCAUAUACCAAAUUUCAGCGAAAUCGUUAGAGCCGUUUCCGAGAUCACAGAAAUAUAUAUAUAUAUAUAUACAAGAAUUGCUCGUUUAAAGGUAUAAGAUUUUUAUUAAGCGUAGGAGUUUAAAUUAGAGUUCCGGUUACUCUGGUUAUAAUAUUAGCGGAAAAUCGUUGAACAUUAGACUUUUAGUUUGCCGCGACAUCUAUUGUCGAGUAGCAGUACUGAGAGUUCCGCUACUCGAUGCUAGAUGUAGACUACGAAAAUAAUAGUAUUUUUGGUAACAAAACCGUUGUAUGGAGUGAGCACUCUUGGUCUUCUUAAUUCUCUUUGAUUAUAUACGAAAUGACAAAUUUUAUCUAUGGACCAACUACAGGCAAUAUUGUAAAACUGGCUGAGGUGCUUAAAAUAAUCGCUGCAGACCUUUCUCAAGAGGAAAGGGGACGCCGUUUCUCCAUACAAACGUAGUCCCCAUUUUCCCCUCGUUAUUGCCAUUAUGGAAAAUAUGUUCACAUUAUUUGAUG